GAAGGUGAAAGUUACUUUUUUGAUCCAUUUAAUGAGACCUGAGCUGGAGACUGGGAGCUAGAGAAUAAUUCUUCCUGAAGCAAACCAGAGGACGUCUCUCUUCUUCUGUGUUUGGAUCUUUGCUUGAAUCCAGUGUGAACCCUAUUCUCUCUAACAUGACCUCUCAUCUGAACCUACCUUGCUCCAGAACAGUGUCCCCUGCUGCAGAGCGUCUUCGCCACAUACUGAGUGAGGAUGACGCCACUCCAACACCGACCAUUUUCACUGAGAUGGACACGUUGCAACAAGAUGGAGAAGAGUUAGAGUGGAAAGAGUCUGCAAGGUGGGUGAAGUUUGAGGAGAAGGUAGAAGAGGGAGGAGAACGAUGGAGCAAGCCUCAUGUCUCCACGCUAACCCUCCAUAGCCUAUUUGAGCUCAGGACCUGUCUGCAGACAGGAAGCAUCCUGCUCGACCUGGAAGGUUACUCACUGCCACAGAUCGUUGAGGAGAUUGUGGAUCGCCAAAUCGCCGAUGGCCUCAUUCCUCCGGAUCUGAAGGAGAAGAUCAUCUUUGUGUUGCUCAGAAAGCAUCGUCACCAAACCAAGAAACCGAUCCAUCGCUCCCUGGCAGACAUGGGAAAGUCCUCCAACACGCCCUCUAUCAAUCUGACUCGUAGUACUAGUUCAUCUUCCGGGAUCCACCGUUCCACAGAAGACCUUCGUUCUCGGCCGUCAAGCACCCUCAGCCGCCUGCAUCCUUCCCAGAGCCGAAGCAUGAAUGAUAUUUCAGACACACCCAGUACAGACCAGCUAAAGAAUAAGUUCAUGAAGAAGAUUCCUCGUGACGCUGAGGCUUCCAAUGUCUUAAUCGGUGAAGUGGACUUCCUGGACAAGCCGUUUGUAUCUUUUGUACGUCUGGCUCAAGCCACCACACUGGGAGGCCUUACUGAGGUCCCUGUACCUACCCGGUUCCUCUUUAUCCUGCUGGGUCCUCAAGGUAAAACUAAGUCCUACAAUGAAAUCGGCAGAGCCAUCGCAACUCUAAUGGUGGAUGAUCUGUUCAGUGAUGUUGCCUACAAAGCACGGGAUCGUGAUGACCUAAUCGCAGGAGUUGAUGAGUUCCUGGAUGAAGUGAUUGUCCUUCCACCAGGAGAAUGGGACCCCAAAAUACGCAUUGAACCUCCAAAGAAGGUCCCAUCAGCAGAAAUGAGGAAGUCGGUACUCAACCUAAAUGAACUUGGUCAGAUGAAUGGCUCGGCUGGUGGAGCCGCUGGUGGAGAGGAUGAUGAGCUUCCUGUUCAGCAUGAAUUGGGAGAGGAGCUCAAAUUCACUGGAAGAUUUUGUGGUGGACUGUGGCUGGACAUCAAAAGAAAGAUCCCAUUUUACUGCAGCGAUAUCUACGAUGGCUUCCAUAUCCAAUCCAUCUCUGCAGUGCUCUUCAUUUACCUGGGCUGCAUCACCAACGCAAUUACUUUUGGUGGACUGCUGGGAGAUGCAACGGAUAAUUACCAGGGAGUGAUGGAGAGUUUUCUUGGUACUGCUUUAGCAGGGACCGUCUUCUGUUUGUUUGGUGGACAGCCUCUCAUCAUUCUCAGUUCAACUGGACCCAUCCUCAUCUUUGAAAAACUGCUUUACGAGUUCAGCAAGAACAAUAACAUAGACUACAUGGAGCUCCGUCUGUGGAUCGGUCUGCACUCGUGUCUGCAGUGCUUUCUGCUGGUCAUCUCAGACGCCAGCUACAUCAUCAAAUAUAUGACCCGCUUCACAGAAGAAGGUUUCUCCAGCCUCAUCUCCUUCAUCUUUAUCUCAGAUGCCAUUAAGAAGAUGGUUGGAACCUUUAAAUAUUACCCAAUCAACCGGGGAUUUAAGCCAGAUUACAUAACAUCUUACAAGUGUGAAUGCGUGGCUCCAGAUCAGGCGUCUGCUCUGGGUUUAAAUGUUUCAGCUCCUGUGUCAGAGGAUAAUAUAACUCUGCUGUUUAACUUGACAGACCUGGAUUGGAGUCAGCUAAGUAAGAAAGAGUGUGUGAAGUAUGGUGGUGCAUUGGUGGGAGGAUCCUGUAAGUAUGUUCCCGACCUGGCCCUAAUGUCCUUCAUCCUCUUCAUCGGCACCUACUCUAUGACUGUUUCUUUGAAAAAGUUCAAGUUCAGCCGCUACUUCCCGACAAAGCUUCGUUGCCUGAUAAGUGACUUUGCCAUCAUCAUCUCCAUCAUGGUCUUCUGUGGCCUGGAUUAUCUUCUGGCGGUGGACACCCCCAAAUUACAUGUUCCCACCAAGAUAAAGCCGACUCGUUCUGACCGGGGUUGGUUCGUGCUUCCAUUUGGGAAGAACCCCUGGUGGUGGUACCUGGCCACCUUUGUUCCGGCUCUCCUCGUCACCAUCCUGAUCUUCAUGGACCAACAGAUCAGUGCCGUAAUCGUCAACCGCAAAGAAAACAAGCUAAAGAAAGGCUGUGGAUACCACUUGGACCUGUUCUGGGUGGGUGUGUUGAUGGCUGUGUGUUCCUUCAUGGGUUUGCCUUGGUAUGUUGCCGCCACUGUCAUCUCCAUCGCCCACAUCGACUCUCUGAAGAUGGAGAGCGAAUGCAGUGCUCCUGGAGAACAGCCUCAGUUCCUUGGAGUCAGAGAGCAACGGCUGACAGGUGUUCUGGUGUUUGUGCUGACUGGCCUCUCAGUCUUCCUCGCUCCCAUCCUUCAGUACAUUCCAAUGCCAGUCCUCUACGGAGUUUUCCUUUACAUGGGAGUUGCAUCACUGAGUGGUAUUCAGUUCUGGGAACGCAUGAAGUUGUACCUGAUGCCUCCCAAACACCAACCAGACUUUUCCUUCCUGCGCCACGUCCCCCUGAGACGCAUCCAUCUUUUCACGCUGGUUCAGAUUAUUUGUCUGGCUGUCCUUUGGAUCCUCAAGUCCACCUUCCUGGCCAUAAUCUUUCCAGUAAUGAUUUUGGGUCUGAUGGUUGUACGAAAGAUGCUGGACCUGAUGUUUUCACAACAUGACCUGGCCUGGCUGGAUGACAUCCUGCCAGAUAAAGACAAGAAGAAGAAAGAGGACGAGAAGAAGAAGAAGAAAAAGACAGUUGAGCCAGAGAGUGACGAAGAGGAAACGCGCAUGCUCGCCAAAGGCGCCUAA